UCCUCCGGCCAGCUGUAAACAUCAGUUCCUCCGAUCAGGUCACGGGAUACGGUAGUCAAUACACGAUGAAGUCUAUUCUCUUGCUUUAUUCCCUCUUGGGCCUUAUGGCAGCGGCCCAGGCACUUCCAAAUGAUCCAGUUACAUUAGACAACUGUACUGAAAUAGACACCUGUGAGUUAUGCCUGGACAGCUCCUGUCAUUGGGUCCAGUGUACCGAUGAGGAUCCGAGUUGCCAGAAAAAUCCUAGUUCUGAAAUGUGUGAAGAGGUCUCUUGUGCCAAUGCCACAACCACAACUGAAACCCCAACAACCACGGAGAUCCCAACAACUGAGACUCCAACAGAUCCACCAACGACCGAACCCCCUCCUGAGACGACCACUACCCCCACCCCUGCCCCAACAGAACCUCCGACGACGCCACCCCCAACAGAGCCUCCGACAACAGAACCACCUACUGAACCUCCGACUGAAGCACCCACGACACUGCCGCCACCAACAACCACUGCAAAGCCCUGCCCGACACCUGAUGGAAGGCACUUUGAUGCUCCGAGCUUCUUUGGCAGGAAACCGUCCACAUGUAGCUGUCUGGACCGGAGGUGUGAAGCUAGUGCCUACAAUCGUCAUUUGCGUAAAUAUCAAACCACAAAUCUCAGAUUAGAAAAGGUAACCAUUUGUCACAAAAUCAAAUUUAGAGUAAAUAAUAUAAAAAAAGCAGGGAUAAGUGCCUAAAAAAUAAUGAUAAUGAAACUUUCCUCUGGUAGAUUAUCCUUAAAAGAGGAUGUAUGGAAAUCUUUUUUGAUAUUAAGAUGAUAGUUUUCAAAUUGUGAAAUGAUUUAUCAUAUUGUUAGAUUUGAUGCAUUAUCCAAAAGAUAGCAUUGCUCUGCUCGCGUAUGCUGAGCAUUGUAUGAGAUGUAGUAUCAUUCCAAUGUGCAAAGGCUGACUCCAAAAUAGUGCAUAAUUUUUGUAUAUAAUCUUUAUAGUUAUUGAUGAAUUUGGAUAGAACAUGUUAGCUAUUUUCACAAAAUCAGAUCCUUGAUGACUAUUGGCAAGGAAGGAAAAAUCAUCUGGUGAUAUGCUAAAAAUAUAUAUUAAAAGAGAUGAAAGGUAAAAGGAUAGAUUGCCUUAUUAGUGAGUUCAGACAAAUGUAAAUGAAAUGUAGCAGUGGUAAAGAAUACGAGUACUAGUGGAUGAUGGAUGAAAAUGUCCUCUAAUUAUCCAAGGGGUGCUGUGAACAAGGUCCCUUUGGCGUGUUUGUGUGUGUAUGUGCUUGUGUACAUGGGUGUUUGGGUGAGGUUAUGGUGUGUGUGUGUGUGAGUUUACGUGCUCCCGGGCACUGUAUGUGCGUGUUUGUUUUUAUGGAUGUGUAUGAGUGUGUGUGAAUAUGGCAGUUGGUGGUGCAUUGUUACAAGUACAUGCUUGUAUUUUAGAUAUGAAAUGAUGAUAAAUGAUUAAUAUUUAAAUGUGCAAUAACUCUAGAGGGAGUGUUUAAUUUAUUGAAUAGGCUCACAACAGAAUAGCUCUUACUUAGAAAGAUAGCUUGAAUUGCAUUUAAGUGUUUGCAUUGAGUAAAAUGUGUGACGAAAUUUUAUUGGCGAUCUCACAAAUCCUGUUCCAAGCAUGUCUUGUUUGCUUACUCAAAGCAGGAAUGUACAAUAUAAAGCAAUGAUCUAUGUGUUAUAAGUAAGCAAUAUAGUGCCUCAAACCAGGGAAGAAGGAGAUGGAGAAUUUGAAUUUUGAGAGAUUUAAAAUGUAUGACGAUAUAGGACUUACAAUUUUAUUUGGAUGCAUCAUGAAAAAAAA